GUGAGAAAGGUUGUGUGUCUGUUCACGUCUUGGUGACUGAGAGUCUGAGUCUCUGAGACACAUUUCAAUAUCAUAUUCAUUUAAAGAUUUAAAUUCUCAUUAGAAUGGAUAAAUCUUCUGACUUGACUUUCUGUGUAGACUGUGUGAUUUUGGAUGUCGAAGGAACCACUACUUCCAUCAAAUUUGUCAAGGACGAAUUGUUCCCUUUCGCGGCAUCGCAUGUGCGACGCCACCCUGGAGGACAACUGGCAAAGCCGGGAGACAAGAGACGAUGCAAACGCAGUGCUGCGACAGAUUCGGCAGAAGAUAGUGGGGAGAAUCUUGCUGGUGUAGAAAACAACGACCAGGAUUGCGUGAUUGAUCGAGUGGUGAAGCUGGUGCAGGAUAUGAUUGCUCAGGACAGGAAGGUGCCAUGUCUGAAGAACUUGCAGGGAAAAAUAUGGAAGAAAGGAUACGAAGAUGGGCGACUCAAGGGACACACUUUCUCCUCAGCGUAUACGCGGACAUAUGCCGACAUGCCUGAAGCAGUGGAGGGAGGAUACUGGAGUACAAGUUUACAUCUAUUAACAGCAACAGCAUCUAAGUACAGCGUGGCGGCACAAAAACUACUAUUCGCACAUACCGAUUACGGUGAACUCACCCCGUUCCUGAACGGUCACUUCGACACAGCCGUGGGCCCCAAGACGGCAUCCGAAAGUUACGUCAAAAUCGCCGCGUUGAUCUCGACUCCAGCCGACAAGAUCCUCUUCCUCGCCGACAUCGUGGCAGGUCAGGGUAAUGGCAUGGAUCAUUCCUUACAAUUAUUAAUUAAAUAUUCUCAGAUCACUUAUUUAAUAAUAGGUAUAUGUGAAGAUUUAAAUUUAGGCCAAGUAAACACUUCGAUUUAGGUGCAUGAAAAGAAUUCAAUUUAAGCGCUAGUGAUCAUUCCUCACAAUU